UUCAAGAUAAACAUAUUGAUAUUAAAUUUAAGUCACAAUUUGAUGUAUUUUUUUGCAAGUUGUGGUCCAAAUUUCAAAACGUUGACUCUGCAAGUUAAAAUUGGAAGAACGAGAGGGACGGAGGAAGUACUCAAGAGAUGAACUUAAUGUUCAUCAAUCACAUUAAAGUUACACAUUGAGAGUUUCUUUGGAUGUCAUCUCUAUGCAAGCUAAAAUGGACAAGACUUAAAGUUCUAAUAUCACUUUUAAGAUUUCAGAUGAUGUAAAUUUUCUAAAAUCACUAAUGUAGUUGUGUUUGAAGGAUUGUUCUUUUUCUCAUAUUGAUUGUAACCCGAAAGGCCCGCAAAGUUUGGCGUAAUUACAUUCUCUUUUCUCCUGGUAAAAUCAAUCAAUGGCCUCGUCUUCUUCUAGAAGCAAAUCGAACGUUUCAGGAUUCAGCCAUCAAUUCCAGCGAUCAGUUUCGCCGUCCGAUCGGUUCUGUUCAUCGUCGAUAUCAUCGCCGUCGUCGGCCUUCGCGGCCCGACGAUCCGGUGCUGUAAUGGAUCGCUCCGCAUCCCCGACCCGGGUCAAUCUCCGCCGAUCCGUCUCGCCGUCGCCGUCCGUCCGAUUCUACACAUCCUCCGACCGUUCGAUUGUGGUGACCCCCAGACAGCAGCGGCAGAACAGCCGCCGCACGUUCCCGCCGAAUCAGAAGAAGACGUGCAUGUGUUCUCCGACGACUCAUCCCGGAUCGUUCCGGUGCAGCCUUCACAAGGGAAUGCAAUUCGCGGGCCACCAGCAGACGCAGUACCUGUCGAGCCAGUUGAACAUGCGGCGGUCGGCGAUGAAGAAUUCUCUGGUGAGGAUCGGCACCGUGGAGGGUGAUUUGGUGAAGCGAGCCCUCGCCGCCCUAAUUCGGCCGUCGUCGCACAGCCUCCGCCGCCGUACCGACUUCCAGCCGCGGCCUAGUCGGUUGUCAAUCAUGUACAAAUCCGAUGACUCGUGAGACGGUUGAACGUUCUCCGCAAAGUACAGUUACGGCGGAGAUUUUACACCGCCGGCUCACGGGGCUCUAUAAUUUGCGCCGUCUCAGGCGAGGGAACCCAUCCCCUGUUUUCCAGACCACGGUGCCUAAGGGUACACGUGAUUUCAAAUUUAGCCUAGGGAAAAAAGUAUAUUUACAUGUUUACCCACUGCAGUUUAAUGAGACUUUGUUGAGGUGCCAUAAUUCCAUAAUGGUUUUGAUUAGAAUUAAAAAAACAAAUCGUAA